CCAAACCAGACAAGUUCGAGUUUCAAAUAAAUAAAUAAACGACAAGUUCGAAGACGAUCGAAGAUGUCGACUAGAAUCGUCAAGGACUUCGGCAACGGCCACUACAUCGUGGCGUUCGGCGAGGACCGCGUCUACACCACCCUGACGUCCUCCGGCGACGUCGUCACCGGGUGGCUGGACCUGAUCUACCGCAUCCACCGCCGCCGCCUCGACACGCUCGUCGUGGGCCUCGACGUCGAGUGGCGCCCCGCCCAGUCCCGCGGCGCCGCGCCGGGCCCCGUCGCGCUGCUGCAGAUCUGCGUCGGCCGCCGCUGCCUCGUCUUCCAGAUCCUCCGCGCCGACUACGUCCCGGACUCGCUGUUCGACUUCUUCGCCGACGAGCGCCUCACCUUCGUCGGCGUCGGGGUCGGCGCCGACGCGCAGAAGCUCAGCGCCCACUACGGGCUGGAGGUGGCCAACACGGUGGACCUGCGCUACUUCGCCGCCGACGUGCUGGGGAAGCCGGCGCUGCGGAGGGCCGGGCUGCAGGGCGUCGUGUGGCAGGUGAUGGGCGUGUGGCCGGAGAAGCCGCACCACGUGCAGGUCAGCGCCUGGGACGCGCAGCGGCUGACGCUGGAGCAGCUGCAGUACGCCUGUGCCGACGCCUUCAUGUCCUUCGAGGUCGGCCGGAGGCUCUACGACGGCGUCUACUAGCUAGGGUGCCAUGCCAUCUGCUUAAUCAUUCCACGUCUCUAGUAUUAGUCGUUACUACUAGUAGGUGUGCUAAUUUUUUUGCUUCGCAUCUGUGAUGAACACUGUCCAGUGCAGUAUGGUGACGUAGAGUUUGUACGUAUCCGGUUGAUACAUGCAUUAUGCACUAGUGCAGUCGCGC